AAAAACUCACAUCAUAUCCAUAAUUUUUUGUUUGAAAAUAUGAUUUUUAAUAGAAAAAAAUCAGUCAUCUUUGUCACCUUUACUACUACCGUUACAGGUUUUUAAGGAUCUGAAUUGGAAGAGUGAAGUUGGAGUACUUGAAGUGCAUGAAGUGAGAGUGUGGAAGUUCCGAGUCACGAAACUCAGAGGUUGAGAUUUGAAAACUGCAAAAUGUCUCAUAAAUCUUCUUAUUCAUCGGAGAAUAUGCUUCCGGUGUCAGAUCCUCCGAACGACGAAGACCGCGAGAGGCUUCUCCAAGGCGAUGAUAAGAUCUUUAGAGGUUCGUCCAUGGCUAAACGAGGAAUUUUCGCUGCUAUCUCUUACAUGUCUUGCGCUGGUUCGUUCACUCUUCUUAAUUCUUAUUCAAUUUUGUUUUCAAUUCACGUAACUGCAUUUCAUCAAUUACUCAGUUUUCUCUGUUUUUAUUUUGCAGUUCUAUUGGUGAUGUUUAAUAAGGCAGCUCUUUCGUCUUAUAACUUUCCAUCUGCAAAUUUCAUUGCACUUCUUCAGAUGGUAUGCUCGUGUUGUUUUCUCUAUUUUUUGAGGAGUAGGAGGAUAAUUUCUUUCACAGCUGGUGAAGCAGAAGUUAUAUCAGAAAACUCAAAAAUAUUUGUGCCAUUGAAGACUUUGAGGCACACUUUUCCUAUUGCAGGAUCAUAUUUACUUUAUAUGUUAGUCACUAUGGAGUCUGUUCGGGGAGUAACUGUUCCAAUGUAUACCACCCUUAGGAGGACCACAGUAGUAUUUACAAUGCUUGUGGAGUAUAUGCUGGUGGGGCAAAAGUAUACACGUUCUAUAAUUUUCAGUGUUGGCUUGAUUGUCUUUGGUGCAUUUAUCGCUGGAGCGCGGGAUUUAUCUUUUGAUGCCUACGGUUAUGCCAUUGUUUUCCUGUCAAAUAUCACUACAGCUAUAUAUCUUGCAACGAUAGCCCGUGUUGGAAAAACUAGUGGCCUUAAUAGCUUUGGUCUUAUGUGGUGCAAUGGUAUCAUAUCCGGGCCACUUUUGUUUAUUUGGACAUUAGUUCAGGGUGACUUGACGAUGACUAUUAAUUUUCCUCAUCUUCUUUCGCCUGGUUUUAUUGUUGUUUUGCUUUUAUCCUGCAUCCUCGCUUUCUUCCUGAACUACAGUAUCUUUCUUAACACAACUUUGAAUUCAGCUCUGACACAAACAAUUUGUGGUAAUAUGAAGGAUCUAUUUACUAUUGGCUUUGGCUGGAUAAUUUUUGGCGGGCUACCAUUUGAUUUUUGGAAUGUUAUUGGACAAUCUCUUGGAUUUGCGGGUUCUGGUUUAUAUGCCUUCUAUAAACUCAUUGGCAAAUAGCUUGUCAAGUUCUUCGGUUGGCGUCUUUAUGAAUUUAGGAACAUCAUUUGCUUCAGUUAUCUGGUCUUACUAAAUCCAUCUAAAAAGCAGAAGAAUCUGAAUCGACCUUAGAUCUGUCGAACUUGUGAUCGAGCUAAUCUAACUUAUUAGAUUUUGCCAAGUGAGAAAUGGACAUGAGCUAAAAUUACCAGGAAUUGGGACAAUCUAUGCUGUGCUGGCUUCAGUGUAUUCAAACAAUUAUUCAACCUAACAAUUAAUUCACCCAGUGCUUUUGAUGAAUCAGUUGCACCACUCUCUCCUCAUUUCUGAAUUUAUUAGGAAUUUCCAUGUAUCUAUUUUUUUAAAGUCCAGUAUUAGAAUCAAACAUUCCUUAUAUACUUUAUGCUACUUGAGGUAAUGCUCUCACCCUAUAUACUUGUUCAUUUUAUGCCUCA